AUGAAAUCUUGGAGAGCUGGUGAAGCAGAGCAAAAAGUCCUUUGCAUCCUUUUCCCCAAAGAUUUAAAAGAUCGCCUUGAAAGUCUAAAACAAGAAUUUAUUGUGCAGUCUAGGGUUUCUAACAUAGAAAUUAAAGACUCUCAUUUCGAUAACGCUAUUGAAGUCUUAAUAAUUGGUGAUCGCAAUACAAUUGUUUCAGCAUGCAGCGUUAUUUUUAGCAGCUUUAUCCCUGAUCCGUUAAGCGAAACAAGGAUGGAUAUACUUGUUCCCGAAAAAAGUGUGGGCAAAAUUAUAGGCAAAAAGGGAAAGAAUAUAGAAAUGAUUCGUCAAAAUACAGGAACAAAUAUAAUUUUUGCUAAAUAUUCUACUGCUUUAAAAGUAGGAAAAAUUGAUGGUACAUUUGAAGGAAUCCUUAAAGCAGUGCAACAAAUAAUUGAUAUAAUUUACGAAAAGCCUAAAAGAUCAGGCAGCGUGAAUUUCGGGAAAUAA